GGGCGGGGCUCCGGACCCAGCCCGCGGGUUCUGCGGGACCGACCCAGCCGCUGCCGGGCUGACCGGGAGAAGGAAGAUGGAGAGCAACGCAGUGCUGCUGGAGUCCAAGUCCUCUCCCCUCAACCUGCUGAACGAGAUGCACCAGCUGCGCCUCCUGGGACACCUCUGCGACGUCACCGUCAGCGUGGAGUACCAGGGGGUCAGGGCAGAGUUCGUGGCCCACAAGGCCGUCUUGGCGGCCACCAGCAAGUUCUUCAAGGAGGUUUUCCUCAACGAGAAGGGUGUGGAUGGCCCCAGGACCAAGGUGCUCCUCAACGAGGUCCAGGUGGCCGACUUCGCUUCCUUCCUGGAGUUCGUCUACACAGCCAGGGUGGAGGUGGAAGAGGACAGGGUGCAACGGAUGCUGGAGAUAGCAGAGAAGCUCAAGUGCUUGGACCUCUCGGAAACCUGCUUCCAGCUGAAGAAGCAGAUGCUGGAAUCCGUGCUGCUGGAGCUGCAGAACUUCUCCGAGUCCCAGAGCUCUGAGGAGGAGAGCUCUGCCCGGGCGGGCGCCUUGCUGGACUCCAAAGCUGGGGCAGAAGCUGAGCAGGCAGACUGCCCUCUGGGGCCUCCCACCUCCCCAGGGGACAGCCCCGGGCAGGGAGCAGCUCCUGAGCUGCCAGCUGCCAAACCCAAAGAGAAAAUGGACAAAAAGAAGGAAAUCCUGAAGCCUCCUUUUGCCAAGAUGAGGCGGGCGAGCGGGAGGCUGGCCGGGAGGAAAGUGUUUGUGGAGAUCCCCAAGAAGAAGUACACCAGGAGGCUGAGGGAGCAGCAGAAGGAUGCAGAGGUGGCUGCUGAGGGAAACAGACACCCUCCAGGGCAGGGUGGGUGCGAUGUGGGGAGGGAGGAAGAGGAGGAGGAGCAAGGGGAGAAACACAUCAAACCCGAGAGCCAGGAGCAGCCCGGGGAGCAGGAGGGAAAGCUGCAAAAAUCCCAGGAGGAGGAGGAGGAAGGGGAGGAGGAGGAGGAGGAGGAGAAGAAGAAACGGGGCAGCAGCUUCAAGUGCAGCACGUGUGAGAAGGAGUUCCUCUACGAGAAGAGCUUCCUGAAGCACAUCAGGCAGAGCCACGGGCUGGCUGCUGAGAUGGUGUACAGGUGUGAGACCUGCAGCCAGACCUUUGCCAACCGCUGCAACCUGAAAAGCCACCAGCGCCACGUCCACAGCUCUGAGAGACACUUCCCCUGUGAGCUCUGUGGUAAGAAGUUCAAGAGGAAGAAGGACGUCAAGAGGCACAUUCUCCAGGUUCAUGAGGGUGGUGGGGAACGUCAUCAGUGCCAGCAGUGUGGAAAGGGGUUGAGCUCCAAAACUGCCUUGAGGCUCCAUGAAAGGACACACACAGGCGACAAGCCUUAUGGGUGCACAGAGUGUGAGGCUAAGUUUUCUCAGCCUUCUGCACUCAAGACACACAUGAGAAUCCAUACUGGUGAGAAGCCCUUUGUCUGUGAUGAGUGUGGGGCCAGGUUCACUCAGAAUCACAUGCUCAUCUAUCACAAACGCUGCCACACAGGGGAAAGGCCUUUUAUGUGUGAAACCUGUGGGAAGAGCUUUGCCUCCAAGGAGUACUUGAAACACCAUAACAGAAUCCACACUGGAUCCAAGCCCUUCAAAUGUGAAGUUUGCUUCAGAACGUUUGCCCAGAGGAACUCCCUCUACCAGCAUAUCAAAGUUCACACAGGAGAACGUCCCUACUGCUGUGACCAGUGCGGGAAGCAGUUCACCCAGCUCAACGCCCUGCAGCGGCACCACCGCAUCCACACGGGGGAGAAACCCUUCAUGUGCAACGCCUGCGGCAGGACCUUCACUGACAAAUCCACCCUUCGGAGGCACACCUCGAUCCAUGAUAAAAACACCCCCUGGAAAUCCUUCCUGGUCAUUGUUGAAGGAGCAUCCAAGAACGAGGAAGGGCACAAGACAGAGCUUCCUGAUGAGGAGUAUGAAGUGUCACCCAAAAUCCCAGAGAAGCUGCUGCCCUUCCCAGAGAAUGGGCACUACCAGAGCCUGGCAGCUGUCCCAGGGGCUGUGCCUGCCCUGCACCACAGCAGCUCUGCCACGGGCACUGCCUGCAAGGCUGCUGGGACUGCAGGCCCCCAGGAAGCCCUGAUGGCCACCACCCUGAGUGAGCUGACAGUGCUGCAGACACAGACAGACUCCAUCCAGCCACAGCUCCAUGCUCUGGUGAACAUGGAAUGAUGUGGGGCUGCAGCCUCUGUACAGACCUUGGACUUUGCCCUCCCGAGGGGAAGCUGUCCCAGGGGAGCAGGGAUGGCACUGAAGACAGGCACUGGGUUUCCACCAUUUCCUCCAAAAAUCCACUGCCCACCCCCACAGCUCUGUCUGCUGCAGGUAGGGCAGAGGAGGCAGCAGUCCCUCUUGUCACCAUUAUUAUUGUUAUUCCCUCAGGACAGGGCUGUGAGCUCCAGCUGGCUGCAGGAAAGCAGAUCCCCACAUCCAGGGGGCUGCACAGAAGGGUGGGGGGGUGAUUUCCAGUGGGCUGGCUGCAAGCAGGAGAGAUGAGGAUGAGGAUUUCCUCAGCCUCCUGGCUUGGUGACAUGAAUCGUGUUUCCCCCAGUGGAAAUCCAUCCCUAAAAUCAGCUUUCCUGAGCUGCUUCUCAGGCCCUGCUGGGUUAGCUCAGCUGUUACCAAAGAUCCCAGCAGCCAGACAGCCCCUCUGGGGGGAGCAGACUUUGGAGAGAUGAGGAAUGGGGUUAGGAGUCCUGGAGUUUGGGGUCUGGAGUAGCAAAAAUGGGUGGGUAGGAGCCCAGGGCUGUGUCCAGAGGGGUGGUGCUGGUGCUGGUGCUGGUGCUGGUAUAUUUCAGGGGGACCUGGGCCAGUUUGGCACUGGAUCCAGUCCCUGGCAGCUGCUCCAGCUGAGGCACAGCCUGGUCCUGGGGAGCCCAAACCUCCCCUGUAGGAAUGGCCCCAAAAAGCAGCACUGGGGCUGUGCUGGGGGAGCUGCUGUAGAAACAGCUCCUGGGAUUUAUUUUUUUUUCCUGUUCUUUUGGAUCCAAGGCCUCUCCUGCUGGUUGUGAGAGCUGCCUGGGACCUGCACUGCACUGCAGAGCU